AUGCGCAUCAAUGGCAGCAGGAAACAGCAAGGUCCUCCAGCAGGGCCUCCUCCUCCACCAUAUCCACCCCUGUCUGGUGGUCCAAAUGAUCCCCCACCAGCACCUGUUGCAUUGCACAACUUGCUGGCAAACUUGGCGCCAGAUGUUUUACUCACUCUUGCAGCGCAGGCUGUUCAGGGUCAGCCUCAACAGAAUCUGCCCCGUCAAAAUCAUGUACCCCAAUCACUGCCCCCCAGUGACCAACAUGCUAUCCAGCCAGACUUAGAAACUGUGUUGGAUGUACAGGCACUGUGGAGUAUAUGUGAGAACCUCCAACACGAGGUUAAUCACCUGAAAUGUGGUCACAAAGAUGAUGGUGAUGAGGCAGAUGAUGAGGAUGAGCCUACAGAUAAAGGUAUGCAUCAGAAGAAGAAGAAGAAGAAGCUGAUGAAGGGCAAGAUAUGGACGUACCUUCUCAACCGCCCUCUUCAAGAACUCUCAGCAGCUGAGAAGACUACACAUGAAGAACUACAGGAAUGUCUUGAUACUGCAAUUUUCGAUGUCACAGGGACUUCCAUGGACACAAUUGAGACUGAUGAUAGUGAUGGGGGCAAUGGUGGAGAAGAUCUGCAAGAGGGUGAGAAGUUGCAAUUUGCAUUUGGUGGUGACAAAGGAGUCCAAGCAAUGUGCAACAAAAAGAUUAUUGAUUGUGCAGCCAAUAUUGUCUGGAAUGAACAAAAUAAACAGAAGGUGGUGAACAAGAGGAAGAAGCACCAUAAGCAGCUUUGCAAGGAUCGAGUGGACCCAUCAGUCAUCGAAGCAUACACCAAAGAAUAUGGCACAGAUCUGACACUUCUCUUGGAGACUGAGUACAUGUCUGAAGAGUUAUCAGAGCUCGAAACAGAUAAUGAGGAGGAGAAGAAGGCUCACCAUAAGAUCCUGUUGCAGAAAGCUGGCUUCAUUGGGAGUGACGAAGAAGAUGCUGUUGUGUGGGAAGUGGUUCGUCAGGAGUGGAGAUCCAAGGAUUUCAAUGACAUUGUGGAGCAGAUUGACAAGAUCAGGCAAAGGCUGCAUCAGGAAGUGAAGAACAAACAAGUCCAUACUAAACAUGUCAACAUCGGCACUGUUAAAGACCAUGCACCUGAAAUUCCAGUGUACCCAUUCAUGCUCAGCAAUGACUGGCUGGCCAAGUUCAACCAAGAGAAUCCUGGCACUUCCCUCGAUAUCAAGACAUGCAAUCCAAGAGGCUUUGGACCCAUAGACAAUCAGCCGGACACUCAAGAACAAGAUAACCAUGGCCCUGGCAUAACUCCCAAAUACAGUGGUGGAGAAGCAAAUCACGGUGAUGAUAUGGAUGAUGGUGACAUGUAG